UGCUCGUUGACGUCUCGCCCCGCCCAUCCAGGAAGUAGAAAUGAAAACAUAAGGAGGGGAGGAGGUCAUUAUUUCACUUCUUCUCCCGCUUACUAAUCAUCAUGUCACGAAGGAUUCAUGCACGAAGAACAGAAGGCGUCGAUAAAAACGUUUGGGUUGAAUUCACUCAGCUGGCUGCAGAUUACAAAGCAGUGAACCUCGGUCAGGGCUUUCCUGACUUCUCCCCUCCCAAAUUCGUCCAGGAGGCUUUUUGUGAUGCUGUGAACGGAGGACCGCAGAUGCACCAGUACACCCGAGCGUUUGGACAUCCUCGUCUUGUGCAAAGUCUGGCUACAUUCUUCAGUAGGGUUACGGGACAUGAGAUCGAUCCUCUGGAAGACGUGCUGGUCACAGUGGGAGCUUAUCAGGCUCUCUUCUGUGCGUUCCAAGCUCUCAUCGAUGAAGGGGAUGAGGUUAUUAUUGUUGAGCCGUUCUUCGACUGCUACCAGCCGAUGGUGAAGAUGGUCGGGGGAAAGGAAGUGUAUGUUCCUCUGAGGCCGAAAGUGGAAGGAAGCCUGUCCAGUGCGGACUGGACUCUCUCUGCUGAGGAGCUGGCCAGUAAAUUCACUCCACGCACAAAAGCCAUUGUCAUCAACACUCCCAACAACCCACUGGGCAAGGUUUACAAGACUGAAGAGCUCCAAAUGAUCGCUGAUCUGUGCAUCAAACAUGACGUUCUGUGCAUCAGUGACGAGGUGUACGAGUGGCUGACUUAUGAUGGAAACAAGCACGUAAAGAUAGCCAGCCUCCCCGGCAUGUGGGAACGAACCAUCACCAUCGGCAGUGGAGGAAAAACCUUCAGUGCUACUGGCUGGAAGGUUGGCUGGGUCAUCAGCUCGGGGCAUAUCAUCAAACACAUGAAAACCAUCUUCCAGAACUGUGUGUACCACUGUCCUACAGCCGCUCAGGAGGCAGUAGCUCGUGGAUUUGAGAGGGAGUACGAGCUGUUUGGCUCUCCGGAGAGCUACUUCCAGCAGCUGCCUGCCAUGCUGCACCACCGCAGGGGGAAGCUGGCCUCCUGCCUGCAGAGCGUGGGUCUGCAGCCCAUCAUGCCGGAGGGGGGGUACUUCAUGAUCGCAGACAUCUCCUCCGUCAAGGUGGACUUUAAUGAUGACAGCACUAAGGAUGAAUCCUAUGACUACAGAUUUGUAAAGUGGCUAACUAAAGAGAAGGGUUUAGCAACAAUCCCUGUCUCCGCUUUCUACAGCCCAGAGCACGGAAAGGAGUUUGACAAAUACGUCAGAUUCUGUUUCGUCAAGGAGGAAGCCACCCUGGAUGCAGCAGAGCAAAUCUUGAGAAAGUGGAGUCAGGGAAAGUUAAAUGUCUAAAAUAAGAAGCAUUACCCGUCCAUUACAGAUUUCCCUGCUUAAAACCGGGUUGGGUUUCUUCACAACAAAAUGAGCCAUUUUCAGUGUUUGUUUGUGUUUAUGUCAACAUAUGUACUUUAAACCAUGUCCAGCUCUAUUGUGUCCUUAUACUGCAAGACACCCAGGUUUUAGAAGGGGAAACAAUUAUUCUGAAUGUUCUUGCUAGGUUAAUUUAAGCAGAAAUAAUUUUUAUUAAAUGUUGCUCAAAGUUUGACUCAAGUUUCUCAGAGUUCAUCAGAAGUCGUCCACAGAUGAUUAAAGCACAAUUGAAGAUAAUCAUGUCAUGAAGAGUGUGUGGACAAAAUGUGUGGUGAAGAUAAGUGACACAGGUGGACUUUUGACUCCUGAGCUGCAAUUUAGUUUAUAGAUAACUAUCACAUGUAAUCAGCCUGUCCGUGAACUGCUCCCUAUGGUGGCAACCUUUCUGUAUUUUAUUAAAGAUGAAAGAAAACAG